AUGACGUCUGCCACCUCCCCCAUCGCCUCCGUCACGUUCGGUGCCCUCUACCGCAACCCCCGAGUGGGCGACCUCAUCAUCCGCACCGCCGACGAGGUCGACUUCCACGUCUACAAAGCCAUCAUAGCCGCCGCCUCCAUCGUCUUCGCGGACAUGCUUUCGAUCCCGCAGCCUUCGCCCGCGACCACUGGCGACUCCGACAAGCCCGCCGUCGACGUCGCAGAGAGAAGCGUAGUCUGGGAGAUCCUCAUCAUGCUCUGCUACGCACCGCGGCCGCCUACACCCGAGGACUUCGAGGACCUGGACGCGGUCCGUGCUAUCCUGGAUGCCGGUGUCAAAUACCGGAUGGACGUUGCGGUGGAGUACGCGCGCCUCGGACUCCUCCUGCCGAGGUUUGUCAAGGAGAAGCCGUUCGUUGUGUAUGCACUGGGCUGCGCGUACAAGCUCCCGGACGUUACGCGUGCCGCCGCGCGGCACUCUCUCCGGUUCCCGAUCUACUUUGAGUACUCCAAGGAGCUCGACUUGCUCUCACCCCGCGCGUUCCACCAUCUAUUCGAGUAUCGGAGAGAAUGUGGCGCAGUUGCCCAGAUGAUCGUGGCGAGGAGAGUCCAGGCCGAGCGGUAUUUUCAAGAACUCCGUACUAAACUGGAGUUCCUUCCAGACGCCAGCCUAGCACUCUCAGAACCGUUGCUACAGACGAUGAUCGACGUUGCGUCGGAUUGCUCCAAAUGUUUCAGCACGGUUCAUAGUCGGGUGGCCGAGUUCUCUAAAUUGUUAUACGCGGUCAUCGAGGACGCGAUCUCCCACGUAGAACUAGUCGUCGACGAAUAG